UUUUUUUCAGAUAAAAAUAUACCUUAUGUGGUUAGUCAAGAAGAUGGAUAUUGUGAACAGAAAUAUGAACGAUCGAGCUGUAGUUUGACAGGUCAGAUUAACCAAUAUAUAUACUAAGCAGCAAAAGAAACGUCAGUGUACAAAUAUCGAAAUACCACAACAAAUGAAGAAAAUUAAUUAAGGACACCGAAUAAAGAGCUGUUUGGUCUUCCAUACGUACAACAGUUGGUGGGAAGAUUAAACAAGAUGAAUGCUUAUGAAUUAAUGUUGCAUUGUGACAGAUUAGUGAAAGAACUUAAAGAGGCUGAUAAACAUGGUCAUAUAUCUAAUGUACUGGCAAGAUUGUCAUUUCAAGAAACGAAUGAAUGUAUACCUAUAGCUGUUAGGAAAGGCUGGUAUAAAGUUCUGAUAUCUCUUAUAGGCCAUAUCGGUUAUUUACCGAUAGAGUAUAUUGAUGAGAAACAGAACAAUUUAUUACACCUAGUUUUACAUAGUUACACUUCAGGACACCGCAUAGGGAAUAGAGAUGAGUUGUUACAGUGUGUCAUUAAAUUAGUUGAAGCUGGUGUAGAUAUCAACCAUCUGAAUCACGAUAAUAAGACCCCUAUAUGUAUAGCUGCUACAAAAGGAUUGUGUAACGUUGUUAUAUAUCUGGCAGAUCAUUGUGGUGAUUUACCGCUACAAUAUAUCGAUGAUGAACAUAACAAUUUAUUUCACUUAGUUUUACACAGUUACAGGUCCACAUCAACAGAGGGCAAUCGUAUGAUCGGUGAUGUGUUUAAUAAUUAUUAUAAACAAAACACGUUAUUAGGUUUAGGUGAUUUCUUUAAUAAUUAUUAUAAACAGAACACGUUAUUAGGUUUAGGUGCAGUUUAUAAUAAUUACACGCCAACUUACCUUGGGCACAGAGGUGGUUAUGAAGGGGACAGCGAUGACUUGUUACGGUGUGUUAUUAAAUUAGUUGAAUGUGGUGUGGAUGUCAACGCUCUGAAUAAAGAUAAUCAGACCCCUAUACUUAUAGCUACUACAAAAGGAUUGUAUAACGUUGUUAUAUGUCUCAUAGAUCAUCGUGUUGAUUUACCGCUACAGUAUAUUGAUGAUAAAGGAAACAAUUUAUUACACUUAGUUUUACAUAGUUACACGUUGUCACACCAUACGUGUGGAACGAAAGAGGAGUUGUUACAGUGUGUCAUUAAAUUGGUUGAAGCUGGUGUAGAUGUCAACGCUAUGAAUAAACAUAACCAGAUCUCUAUAUCUAUAGCUGCUGACAAAAGACUGUAUACAGUUGUUAUAGAUCUGAUAGAUCGUCGUGCUGAUUUACAGUAUAUUGAUGAUAAAGAUAACAAUUUGUUACACUUAGUUUUACAUAAUUACAGGUCCACAUCAACAGACGACACUAGUGGGAACAGUGAUGAGUUGUCACAGUGUGUAAUUAGAUUAGUUGAAGCUGGUGUAGAUGUUAACUACCUGAAUCAAGAUAAUCAGACCCCUAUCUUUAUAGCUGCUAGGAACAAGAUGCAUCAAUUGAUGAUAUAUUUGUUAGAACAUGGUGCACAAGUCCAUUGCAUUGAUAUACAACAGAACAAUCUACUACACGUAGUUUUAGGUAGUUAUGUAAUGGAUGAUCUGAGAAACAACGUUUUAGAUGAUGCUGGUUAUGAUGAAAGGGAUAUGGAUAGUUUGUUAAACUUGGUGAUUAAAUUAGUGGAGGCUGGUGUAGAUGUCAACCAUCUGAAUAAAUCUAAAAAGGCGCCUAUAUUUAUAGCUGCUCAUAAAAUGAUGUAUAGCAUUGUGACAUAUCUGUUAAGUCAUGGUGCAUCUGUACAUUGCCUUGAACCAAAAACACAGAACAAUCUACUGCAUGUAGUUUUAAACAGUGUUGGUUAUGAUAAAGGGGAUAUGGAUACUUUGUUAAGCUUUGUCGUUAAAUUAGUUGAAGCUGGUAUAGAUGUGAACCAUCUGAAUAAAGAUAAACAGGCCCCUUUAGUUAUAGCUGCAAGUAACAGGCUGUAUCAAGUUGUUAUAUCUUUGUUAGGAAAUGGUGCACGUGUAGAUUACCUUCAGGCAAAUACACAGAAUAAUCUACUUCACAUAAUUUUAGAUUAUUUUAAGGAGGAUGAGGGGAAUACUGCGUUAAACUGUGUGAUUAAAUUAGUUGAAGCUGGUGUUGAUGUCAACCACCUGAAUAAAGAUAAACGGGCGCCUAUAUUUAUAGCUGCUAGGAAAAGGCUGUAUCAAGUUAUUGUAUCUUUGUUAGAAAAUGGUGCACGUGUUCAUUACCUUGAGGCAAAUACACAGAACAAUCUACUUCACCUAGUUUUAGAUGGUGCUAGUUACAAUAAAGGGGAUGUGGAUGGUUUGUUAACCUGUGUGGUUAAAUUAGUUGAAGCUGGUGUAGAGGUCAACCAUCUGAAUAUAUAUAAACAGACCCCUAUAUUUAUAGCCGUUCAUGAAAUGUUGUAUAACAUUGUGACAUAUCUGUUAGAUCAUGGUGCAUCUGUACAUUAUGUUGAUAUUAAAGGCCAUAAUAUUCUGCAGUGUGUAUUAUAUAAUAUAUACGAAUUGGGCAAGGGUAGGGAUAAGAAUACGGAUAUAGACCAGUAUUCAGACGGUUGUACUCAGGUUGUUAAAACUUUGAUAAACAUGGGAGUAGAUGUAAACAAAGUCGACAUUGAUGGCAACACUCCGCUGUUCUAUAAAGGUAGAAAAUUAAACAUGUCAAACUUAGAUUUAUUUCAGAAAGAAGAUAUCUUGUUCAGAUUACAAUAUGAAUUGAUCGCCGCAUUGAUCAAUGCUGGUUGUAAUGUGAAUCAUCAAAACAAUGAAGGACAAACUCCAUUAAUGUACUAUACAAGAAACCAAGCUGAUAUCAGUAUCUUAAAAAUGAUGAUUCCUCAUUCUGAUGUUAAUCUAACAGAUAAUAAUGGUAAUACAGCGUGUAGUUAUUGUGUUCAAUACCACGUGUUUAAUUGUACUAAUAUAUUUAAACUUUAUUCUCGCGAUGCACUGAUGUCACCUAACAAUGGGGUUAAAUUAUUACACCAGAUUCUUGCUUGUAAGAGGUUGGAGCUGUUCAAUUAUUUCAUGGGAUUAAGGUUGAUUAUUAAUGGUGUUACAACUGACGGAGAAAAUUUGCUACAUCUGUUAGCUAGAGUAAACUAUGAUUAUUCUCUAGAUAAAUUUAACUGGUUGUUUAAUGACGAGCUAGAUACAAACCAUCCAUCUUCUAAAACCAACACACCUAUUAUGAUAGCUGCCCUGUUAUUAAAUAGUAAAUAUUUAGAACUAUUCACACGUCAUCCCAGAAUAGACAUCAAUGCACAGAAUAACCAUGGUCACACAGCUCUUCAUCUGUGUAUCAUUGGAUUUACCAUGGUUAAAGAUGCCUUGAAUAACAGACAGGAAAAUGACGUGGUUGAGAAUUACUGUAGACAAAUAUAUCCGAUAUACAUGGAGUGUGUUGAUACUUUACUGGCUGCUGUUGGUAGAGAUGUUAAUAUUGCAGAUAGAGGGGGUAGAACUGCCUUGAUGAUGGCGGCAAUGAAAAACGAUAGAUUUCUUAUAAGGAAGUUACUUAAUGCUGGUGCAAUGGUUAAUUACAAUGGAAAAUCUGCUUUACGCCAUCUUGAUAUUUGUGAGAGUGUGUUUGAUCUAAGUUUUAAAAAACUCGUAUCUGCUGGAGAUAAUAUGCUUCUCAAUUUACCGUGUAUUAACGGUAGCACACUGAUCCAAGCAACCUUGUGUUUUCCACGUUGUUGGGAUCCACAUACGGCUGUUAGUUUUAUUAAAUAUUUAGUUAGUGAAAACUGUUGUCUUCAGUCUCUUGUUACAUCUUUUGUUGAAAGUAGUUAUAACCAGAUCGAUAUGAUGGAAUUUAACAGUCAAGAGAGGAAUACACUGAGAAAACUGUUAUAUCUGAGUGGAGCCCCAGAAAAAGAAGUUGUAACGGCUUUAAAUUUUGAGAAGGAAGAUACAAAUGUAGAGAAAGAUAAUAUGAGAAGACUUUUAAAUCUCAGAGGGGUACCAGAAGAGGAAAUAUUACAACAUUUAAAUUUCCGGGAUGAAGAUGAGCAUGAUCCAGAAAACACAUUCCACUCACGACACCGAGAAAUAUUCAGUAACUACUGCUGUAAUAUAUCUCUCAAGUCUCAGUGUAGGAGAAUCGUUAGACAGAAGUUAGGAUUGGGUAUAAAGGAGAAGGUUAUUGAUCUAGAACUGCCUGGAGAAUUAAUCGAAUUUAUUCUCUUAAAAGAUGUUCUUAAUCCUAAAGAUUUCUACGUAGAUAAUAUUGAGGAUUGUUGUAAUGAUUAUGAUGAUGAUGAUGGUUAUGGUGGCUAUAAUAUAAAUAAAGAUAGAGAUGAUGAUUAUAACUACGAGUAUUUUACACUCCUUACUGAUGAUACGCUUUUAUACGAAUAUGAACAUGAUUCUAAAUACCCUAAUGGCAAACACAUUUUAUUUUGGUUAUAAUAAAGCAAAGGUGUCCAAGUCAUAAUUAAUGUUUUGUAUAUGUUGUAAAAUGUAUUAAAAUGAAUUAUUUGCUUUAUGUUGACGAAUAUAGUAGUUAAACAUACAUUAUGCAAGAGAUAAAUCUGCCUAUUGCAGGUUUUGUUUUAGGCCUCAAAUGUUAUAUUAACUAUUAAUUAAAAAUUUAUUAAUAUGACAAGGCCAUAAUCAACUUUCGAUGCCAUCUGAUGCUUUCGAUUUUCAUUAGAUUUGAAUCCGAUCUACGGUUGAUCAGCCGUUGAUGAAUAAACGCAAUUUUUUUUAUUUUCAUAAAAUCGGCAACAAUGAUAAUCGAGGUUACAAGAUUUUUAAAGUGAGUUAUUUCUCGACUUAGAGUGAAGUAAUUUGACUGAAAUUUUCAGAAUAUUCCCGUUACAGUAUCUAUUAUUUAAUUAUUAUAGUUAGAAUUGACAGCUCUUAAUCAAAUCUUCCACAAUGUAUCCUUAAUCAAAAGUGAUGAUUAUAUGUUGUGAAUAUAUGAUCAGUUUAGAAUAUUUUAUUGUUCAUAUUCACUUAUUAUCCUUAGUUUCAGGAUUGUCUCUUUAAUGAGGUGGGGCUAAUUUUCCCGCAGGUUUUGUAAGCACAUGACUUACUCUUGUCGCCAUCUUUCCUACACAGUCGCCCAUCCAAUUUCUUUUAUAAUUAUAUCGAUUUCUAUAGAUCAGAGAUAAAAUCAAAUAUAUUAUUAUAUUAAUAUUCAGUGAAACAUAUUAUAGUAUAGAUUAUGUAUUUUGUCAAUGAUCUGUUGCUGAUUUGUUAUGAAAAGUGGGUAAGCUGACGAGGUAUUGUUCAUUGUUAGAGAGUCACCCAAAAUUCAUACAAAUCUAUCUUAUAUCAGGAUUCAGCUUUGUAAUAUUAAUGUUAGUUCAUAUACUAUGUAUUCUUGUCGAUCUAGUGUAAUAAGCUAGUUAGUUAUGGAUAUAUGUAUGUAGAUGUAUGUUAUAAAGCCCGACACCGCUGAAUAUUUAUAACGAGUCAGUAGGAGGCAGACCACCAUUAAAUUUCAUCAUCUCGGAAUUGUAGUUCGUUUAUUUAUAGCAAUUCUCUCUCUCUCUCUCUCUCUCUCUCUCUUUUCUCCCCUUUUGCAUGCCGAUUUUUGUUGAUUUUUUGCUCUAGAAUGGACGAAAAGGGUUUGAAUUAACAUUUUCUGCUAGGUUUUGGUCAACCUCAUACAAAUUUUAGUGCAAAGACAUGACCAUUUGUUCCUCUGUCUGUGGGGAAAAGCAUUCAGCCCAACGAAAAUUUGGGGAAAAGUUGGAGGUGGGCAAAGAGGCCAGAAUUAACAUUGAAGUCAAUGGGGAAAUUAAUGGUGGUCUGCCACCAGUAGUUGAACAAGAGUUAUCUCCCUUCAAUUACCAUUGAGAUUAUUAUCAAAGUUUUUUUUUCUUUCUGAAUGCGUUUUAUUUGGCUUAUGAUUGUUAAGUUUAUUCUUUCAGAAUGCUCAUUAUAUCCUGUUUGUAAUUCCUUCCUCGAAACCAUAUGUGAAUACGUAAUUAAGAUAAAUUAUAGUGUACCGUUAUUAUUUGAUAUCAACAUAAAGAGUUAGAACUAUUAAUUUGUGUUGUUGUCAAGAGUAUAACAGAUGUAACAUGUAUUACUGAAAUUUACCGCCUGAACUUUUUCUUACUUGGAUAAAUUCGAAUCAUUUCUUCAACAAGGAGACAAAUCUUUGGAAAAUUAA